CACUUCCUGACACGACCUCCCACCAGCCCAGCCUUUCCUCCAGGUUCCAGCCCUCCACCCUCCACCUGAGUUGCAGGAUGUCGAUGACAGACUUGCUCCACGCUGAAGACAUCAAGAAGGCAGUGGGGGCCUUUACCGCUGUGGACUCCUUCGACCACAAAAAGUUCUUCCAGAUGGUCGGCCUGAAGAAAAAGAGCCCGGAGGACGUAAAGAAGGUAUUCCAUAUCCUGGAUAAAGACAAGAGUGGCUUCAUCGAGGAGGAGGAGCUGGGAUUCAUUCUGAAAGGCUUCUCCCCAGAUGCCAGAGACCUGUCUGUUAAAGAAACCAAGACACUGAUGGCUGCUGGAGACAAAGAUGGAGAUGGCAAGAUUGGGGCUGAUGAAUUUUCCACUCUGGUGGCUGAAAGCUAAGAGGCUCUGACUGCCCAGGUCUUGCUCCUCUCUGCCCUGAACACCCGAUCUCAGCCCCUCUCACCACCCUCCUGCCUUUCUGUUCAGUUUGUUUAUGUUAUUUUUUACUCCCCCAUUCCCUGUGGCCCUCGAAUGACACCAAUCUUCUGGAAAAUGACAGAAAAACAAUAAAGGCUGUACCAAUCAGA